AUGGCAGCAACCUCAGCAUCACUGGUUUCUCAACUCUACAUUGGCCUGCGGCGCCCUUGCCCCAAGCUCGAUUCUUUCAAUUCUCCAUCUUUCUCUGCCUUCGACCCAAAUCUUCGCCUUUCCCUCUCUCCUCCCAAACCCUCACGCGCCAUCGUCGCCAUGGCCGGCUCUGGCAAGUUCUUUGUUGGUGGCAACUGGAAGUGUAACGGAACAAAAGAUUCCAUCAGUAAGCUUGUCGCUGACUUGAACAGUGCGAAAUUGGAGCCUGAUGUUGAUGUUGUUGUUGCACCUCCCUUUCUGUACAUCGAUCAAGUGAAAAACUCACUUACUGACCGGAUUGAAAUAUCUGCCCAGAAUUCUUGGGUGGGAAAAGGUGGUGCUUUCACUGGGGAAAUCAGUGCGGAACAACUGAAAGAUCUUGGAUGCAAGUGGGUUGUUCUUGGACAUUCUGAGCGAAGACAUAUUAUUGGAGAAAAUGAUGAGUUUAUAGGAAAGAAAGCUGCCUAUGCUUUGAGCCAGGGUCUUGGAGUGAUUGCAUGCAUUGGAGAAUUGUUAGAAGAAAGGGAAGCUGGGAAAACUUUUGAUGUUUGCUUUAAGCAAUUGAAGGCUUAUGCUGAUGCUGUUCCUAGUUGGGACAAUAUUGUUAUUGCUUAUGAACCUGUGUGGGCCAUUGGAACCGGCAAAGUGGCCACUCCCCAGCAAGCUCAGGAAGUACAUGUAGCUGUUCGUGAUUGGCUGAAAAAGAAUGUCUCAGAGGAAGUUGCAUCCAAAACGCGAAUUAUUUAUGGAGGAUCUGUAAAUGGAGGGAACAGUGCAGAGCUCGCAAAGGAGGAAGAUAUCGAUGGAUUUCUCGUUGGAGGUGCUUCAUUGAAGGGUCCUGAGUUUGCUACCAUUGUCAAUUCAGUCACAUCCAAGAAAGUUACGGCUUGA